AUAUAAAAGUUCUAGGUCCUCUCCUCUACUUUCAUCUCCAAACCAAUCUAAAACACCUUCUCUUUCCCCUCUCUUCUCUUCUCCUCAUCUGGGUCAGAUUCUUACCCAAAAUUCAUCCUCUCUCCUGUCAGAUUCCAUCAACUUUCUCUAUUUUCCUUGAAUUUUGAUUCCACCAUCUGGGUUUUUUCCAUCUUCUAGUAUUCUGAUCAAGAUCUUCUUCACUUUCCAUGGAAGACAUCGACAUUCCUCGUUACUUUCUCUGCCCCAUUUCUCUUGAAAUUAUGAGAGAUCCAGUCACGCUCUGCACUGGAAUAACAUACGAUCGAGAAAGCAUCGAACGGUGGAUAUUCUCCAGCAAGAACAUGACAUGCCCAGUUACAAAACAACCUUUGCCAGAUACCGAAUUAACUCCCAACCACACACUACGGCGAUUAAUUCAAGCUUGGUGCACCAUCAACGCUGCGAACGGUAUCGAGCGGAUUCCGACACCCAAACCACCCGUCGACAGGACCCAAAUCGUCAAACUGCUCGACGAGGUCCAGAUCCCACAAUCGCGGCUGAAUUCUCUUCAAAAGCUCAAAUCUCUUAUUUCCGAAAGUGAGAGAAACAAGCGAUGUAUCGAAGCCGCCGGCGCAGCUACUGUCUUGGCUGCCAUCAUAAACAACAGUUCUCCAUUAAUAGAAGAAUCAGUUGAUGAUUUCAUCGAUUCCGUAAGAGCCAGCGACGAAGCACUAACCAUUCUCCAUCAUCUUCAAAUAUCUGAUGAAGCUCUCCAACACCUAAUAACGAGAAACAGCGAUUUCAUCGGCUCGCUGACACGAGUCUUACAAAAAGGGAAUUAUCAGUCGCGGGCAUAUGCAACGUUGCUUUUGAAAUCUAUAUUUGAGGUGGUUGAUCCAGUCCAUUUGAUUAGUUUGAAAGGAGAUAUAUUCAAAGAAAUCGUGCAGGUUCUUCAAGAUCAGAUCUCUUACCAAGCAACUAAGGCCGCUUUGAAAAUUCUCGUUGAGUUGUGCCCGUGGGGGAGGAACCGUGUCAAAGCUGCCGAAGCAGGUGCAGUUCCAGCAUUAGUCGAGCACAUCAUCGAGAAUUCAGAGAGGAGGGCUUGCGAGAUGGCGUUGGCAGUUUUAGAUAAUCUGUGUGCAUGUGCAGAAGGGCGGGCCGAGCUACUGAGCCACUCUGCUGGACUCGCCAUUGUAUCGAAGAAGAUACUUAGGGUUUCGAACUUCGCAAGCGAAAAGGGUCUGAAGAUAUUGUCUUCUAUUGCUAGAUUCUCUGCAACUCCGAAUGUUCUUCAAGAGAUGCUGCAAGUUGGGGUGGUUUACAAGCUGUGUCUCGUAACUCAGGGAGAUUGUAGUGUGAAGGCCAAGGAUAAGGCGAAAGAGAUACUGAUUUUGCAUUCAAGGGCUUGGAAGAACUCCCCUUGUAUUCCUCAUCACUUCAUAUCUUCAUAUCCUCGCAAAUGAGAGGUAGAUUUUAGAAGAGAUUAGAUAUAUGUAGAGAGAGGUUUCUUCCCUUCAUGUAGCAUGUAGAUAUAUGGAACAGAUUUAUACAUGGGCAUGAAAUUUUGUCCA